AUGCAUGCUCGUGGAUUAUCCCGAAAACUUCACAAACUUGGUAUUCACCAUGUUACUGUGAAUUCGCUGCAUCCAGGUGUGGUGAACAGUAAUCUGCCUCGAUUCACACCCCUUGCCAAAACACCUUUACGUCAAAUAACCGCACCGUUCAGGUGGUUCUUCCUGAAAACGGAUCGCGAUGGUGCACAGACCUCACUUUAUCUAGCCCUCAGCAAAAAAGUUGACGGCAUUAGUGGGAAGUUUUUUGCCGAUUGUAAAUUAGCAUCGGAAAAUCCUCUGGCUUUGAAUGACCAAGCCUGCGAUGAUCUGUACAACUACAGUCUGGAACAAUGCGGAGUCACCGAAGAGCUUACUGAGUAG